AUGAAUCAGUCGACGUUCACAGUCCUUGGGUUAUGACUGUGCUUUUGUAGUAGAGAGCUAACUUUAGCUAUACCGUUAGCUGGUUGUCAGGUUUUAGGAUUACGUUGACCGAAAAAGAGGAAUUCGGGUGCCAACGCAUUAUUUGGACUAACUCGUGACUUUCGUUGGCCUUAAUAUUUUUUUAAAUAUGACGUUGUUAAUGUUGUUGUUAAUAAGGAAGCUAACUUAACUUUAGCUAGAUGACUAGCUAGUGUGUCAUCAACUUGUGAAUCUCACAACUUAUUCACUCCAUAACAAUCCUAACGAUUCACUGUUAAGAGGUAGCUAGCAGAGAAAUUGGUAGCCGUCGUAUUAGCCAAGUAGCAUUAAAAACGUGCACGGAGAAGCCGAAGGAACUUAGACACAGUAAAAUUCGCUAGCAUAGUGAAGCUAGCUGGUUGGAAUUUGUGAUAUGAAAAAGGCACAGUCUGACACAUUGGGGUUUGUUCCUCAAAAGGACAUCGUAUACAACAAACUUCUGCCCUAUGCAGAAAAGCUAGAUGAUGAAUCAAAUGAUAUUUUGAGUAAAAUAAAAGGAAACUUGUGCCGAGCUGUACAGCUCAGAGAGAUAUGGCCCGGUGUGCUGUUUUGGACAAGGAAACUCUCCACGUAUAUGAGACUGUAUGGGCGGAAGUUCAGCAAAGAAGACCAUGUGCUGUUCAUCAAGUUGCUCUACGAGCUAGUGACGAUCCCCAAACUGGAGAUCAGCAUGAUGCAGGGCCUUGCUCGGCUUCUUAUCAACCUCCUCAAGAAAAGAGAGCUACUGUCCCGGGAGGACCUUGAGUUGAACUGGAGACCGCUGUAUGAGCUGUACGACAGGAUUCUCUUCUCCAAGACAGAGCAUCUGGGUCUCAACUGGUUCCCCAACUCUGUGGAAAACGUGCUGAAAACACUUGUGAAAAGCUGCAGACCAUACUUUCCGGAGUCUGCUUCUCAGGAGAUGCUGGAUGAAUGGAGACCACUCCUCUGUCCCUUUGAUGUCACAAUGCUAAAAGCCAUCAGCUACUUUGAACUCUUUCUACCCACGACUCUGCCUCCAGAGCUGCACUGCAAGGGGUUCAAGUUGUGGUUCGAUGAGUUCAUAGCUUUAUGGUUGUCUGUGCAAAAUCUUCCAAGCUGGGAAAUGCAUCUGGUCAAUCUCUUUGCUCGCUUGUCCAAUGACAACAUCGGCUACAUUGAUUGGGACCCUUACAUCCCGAAGAUUUUCACAAGAAUCUUGAGGAGUUUGAAUCUCCCUGUGGGCACGAGUCAGAUGAUGGUAGCACGAUAUGUCACCAAUGCCUACGAAAUCGGCCAUGUGGUGCUUUGGGUCUCAUCGCUCCUGGGAGGACCCAGCAAGCAGGCUCAGGAACAGCUCAGUGGCCUUUUCAACAGUAUUACAUCCUUCUUCCACCCGUCAAACCAUGGCCGCUGGUUGAUGAAACUCAUGAGGCUGCUCCAGCGUCUCCCAGCCAGCGUGGUGCGGCGGCUGCACAGAGAGCGCUACAGGAAGCCCACAUGGCUGACACCAGUCCCAGACAGCCACAAGCUCACAGAGGAGGAUAUCACAGCCUUUGUGGAGAGCAUGAUGCAGCCGGUGCUGCUGGCCAUGUUCAGCAAGACGGGCAGCAUGGAUGCAGCCCAGGCCCUGCAGAACCUCGCUCUGAUGAGGCCUGAGCUGGUUAUCCCCCCCGUGCUUGAGAGAACAUACCCGGCCCUGGAGACUCUCACAGAGCCCCACCAGCUGACGGCCACUCUGAGCUGCAUGAUUGGAGUGGCACGGAGCCUAGUGUCAGGUGGGCAGCGCUAUCCUGAGGGGCCCACUCACAUGCUGCCCCUGCUCAUGAGGGCUUUGCCGGGCGUUGACCCAAAUGAUUUCAGCAAGUGCAUGAUCACAUUCCAAUUUAUUGCUACCUUUGUGACUCUUGUGCCUUUGGUGGACUGUUCGUCCGCCCUACAUGAAAGAACUGACUUGACAGAGGUGGAAAGGGAGAUGUGCUCAGCCUCAGCAGAGUUUGAAGACUUUGUGCUUCUAUUCAUGGACAGAUGCUUUGCCCUGAUAGACAGCAGCACUCUGGAACAAACCCGUGAGGAAACAGAAACAGAGAAGAUGACUCAUUUGGAGAGUCUGGUAGAGCUCGGCCUGUCUUCCACCUUCAGCACCAUCCUCACCCAGUGCUCCUUGGACAUCUUCAAGGUUGCUCCUUAAAAGGUGUUCACUUGUGCAACCACCAACAUCUUUGCACGAGUAGCUGGCAGAUGGUGGGCUGACAUGUGCAGAGCCGCUUUCCAAGUAUCUGACACUGUAAUAUUAUCUGUACCGGCAGAUGACACCAGAGAGAACUACAGAGAUGCUGUGUGCAGAGUGAUGAGACAGCUGCUGAAUUACAUCCUGGAGCACUCUGAAGACGACACCAAGUCUCUUUUCUCCAUCAUCAAGAUCAUCAGCGACCUGUUGCAAUUCAAAGGUUCUCACAAACAUGAGUUUGACUCCCGCUGGAAGAGCUUCAACCUUGUGAAGAAAUCAAUGGAAAACAGACUUCACGGCAGAAAGCAGCACAUCAGAGCUCUGCUAAUAGACAGAGUUAUGCUCCAGCAUGAGCUGCGGAAGCUGACAGUGGAAGGAUGUCAGUACAGGAGCAUUCACCGGGAGCUGAUGAGAGAUCUGUUGAGGCUGUCCACAAGCACGUACAGCCAAGUACGCACCAGGGCUCAAAAUGUGUUGUUCACGGCACUGGGGACCUACAAUUUCUGCUGCAGAGAUCUGAUCCCCCAUGUCCUGGAGUUUCUGAACCCGGACACCAGCAGUGUCUCACAGCAGCAGUUCAAAGGUGCCUUGUACUGUUUCCUGGGGAACCACGGUGGAGUGUGCCUGGCCAAUUUGCACGACUGGGACUGCAUUGCUCUGACGUGGCCCGCCAUCGUGCGCUCUGGCCUCAGCUCAGCCAUGUCUCUGGAGAAACCCUCCAUUGUGCGGCUCUUUGAUGACCUUGCAGACAAAAUCCAUCGCCAGUACGAGACCAUCGGCAUCGACUUUGCUAUUGAGGGCGAGUGCUCUACUGUGGCCAAACGACUCAUGAUCACUGGGAAUCCUCUUCCCAAGGAGCCUGUUCCGUCAGAGGAGGAAGUAGCAGAGGGUGUGAAAAAGCAGGGGCUCAAGAACGCAGAAUGUGUUCAGAAUUACCAUCAGCUCAUUGGAGAUCUGCUGGAAUUCCUCAACAACAGCAACAUGCCUUGGAAGUUCGAACACAUUGCAAUCGGCUUCAUGUCAUUGCUGCUGAGAGACGACCGCCUGCUCCCACCAGCUGCCGUCACGUUCUUCGUCAAAAGCCUCAACCAUGACUCCCUCUAUGUUCGAAAGGUGGCGAUAUCCGCUGUGGCAGGGAUCAUGAAACAGAUAAAGAGGCUGCAUAAGAAAGUCCCCAUCAGCCCCUCGGAGCUCUGUGGAGGGAAGGAGCUGAGUUGUAAUGUAGCAGGGGAUCGUCAAGACAACAACUGGCUCCAGUAUGACAGCAGCAGCCUGCCACGCACACAGAAGGACUGGGAUGCCUGUGUGUUCGUGGAGAAAACACACUGGGGAUAUUACAGCUGGCCAAGAAAACUGAUGAUAUAUGCCCCCCUGGAGGAGCAGCCCAAACAGAACCUGACCAGAGAGGAAAUGACAGAGCGGGAACAGAUCAUCUUUGACCACUUCUCCGACCCAGUCUUCAUCAAUCAGUUCAUCGAGUUCCUCUCCCUGGAGGAGCGUAAGGGAAAGGACAAGUUCAGCCCUCGCAGGUUCUGUCUCUUCAAGGGAUUGUUCCGCAAUUUCGGAGACAUCUUUCUUCCCCUGCUGCGGCCACACAUGGAGCGCCUGGUGGCCGACUCCCACGAGAGCAAGCAGCGCUGUGUUGCAGAGAUCAUCUCCGGGCUGAUCAGAGGCAGCAAGCACUGGAGCUAUGCAAAGGUUGAGAAGCUUUGGGAGCUGUUGUGUCCGCUGCUCCGUACGGCCCUGUCCAACAUCACCAUAGAAACGUACGCAGACUGGGGAACCUGCAUUGCCACAGCCUGUGAGAGUAGAGACCCACGCAAGCUCCACUGGCUGUUUGAGCUUCUGAUGGAGUCUCCUGUCAACGGAGAGGGGGGCUCCUUCGUCGACGCCUGUCGUCUGUAUGUGCUGCAGGGAGGCCUUGCUCAGCAGGAGUGGCGUGUUCCAGAGCUGCUCCACAGGUUGCUUCAAUACCUGGAGCCCAAACUCACACAGGUGUACAAGAAUGUACGGGAACGCAUUGGCAGCGUGCUCACGUACAUCUUCAUGAUCGAUGUCAACUUGCCAUGCACUCAGCCGACCACGUCCCCGCGCAUCUCCGACUUCACAGAGCGGAUUCUGCUGCAGCUGAAGCCUCUCACCGAGGGCGACGAGGAGAUCCAGAACCACGUGGUGGAGGAGAACGAGGUGGGAGAGCAGGACGAGAGGACGCAAGCCAUCAAGCUGCUCAAAACAGUGCUGAAGUGGCUGAUAGCGAGUGCUGGUCGCUCCUUCUCCACCGCGGUCCAAGAACAGCUACGGUUGCUUCCCCUGCUCUUCAAGAUUGCUCCUGUCGAGAAUGACGACAGUUACGAUGAACUGAAGAGGGACGCAAAGACCUGUCUAUCUCUGAUGUCUCAGGGACUCCUUUACCCAGAGCAGAUCCCCAUGGUCCUCAGGGGCCUGCGGGAGAUUGCUGGCAGCAGCUCCUGGCACGCUCGCUACACGGUGCUCACAUACCUCCAGAUUAUGGUGUUUUACAACCUGUUCACCUUCAUGAAUGACCAGCAGUCAGUGAAUGAAGUCCGGGCGCUGGUGGUACGACUGCUGGAGGACGAGCAGCUGGAGGUAAGAGAAAUGGCCGCCACUACUCUCAGCGGCUUCCUUCAGUGCAAUUUCCUAUCCAUGGACGCCCCCAUGCAGGCACAUUUUGAGGCUCUCUGCAAGACCCGCUUGCCUAAGAAGAGGAAGAGGGAGCUCGGCUCUACAGUGGACACUAUACCUUCUGCUGACCUGAUGCGGCGCCAUGCAGGCGUUCUCGGGUUGAGUGCUUGUAUUCUCUCCAGUCCAUAUGAUGUGCCCACUUGGAUGCCCCAGCUGUUGAUGGACCUGAGUGCUCACCUCAAUGACACACAACCCAUUGAAAUGACUGUGAAGAAAACUCUGUCAAACUUCCGACGGACUCACCAUGACAACUGGCAACAACAUAAGCAGCAGUUCACAGAUGACCAGCUCCUGGUCCUGACUGACUUACUGGUCUCCCCCUGUUACUAUGCCUAAAACCUGAUACCAGCCUGCAUUGGGGAGGAGGCUCUAGUUCUUAACUGAAAGACACAGCAUCACCCUGGAAGAAGAGUGGCACACAAAGCAACCGAGUUGUGGCACCCAGAAGGAUUGACAAGUUGUGUAUUCAUGUAUUUAGCUCCUUGACAUUUCUACUAUACUUAAUAUUUAAGGAUCAAUCAUAGCAGGAAUGAAUGACCUGCAGUUUGUAACAUUACUGUACAGUUUUAUUUCCUCUUUUUUUGGUUUGUUUGUAUGCAUGUGCACGGGUGUAUGUGUGUGUGUGUGCUUUUUUGUGGGAUGCUUGAAGAGACAUCUGCCAGUGUCCCAUACAUUUCUCAGGAUUCUAUCCCAAGUAUCAACUCUGAGCCAUCAUGAUGUCCAGUCAGACACACUCUUUACUAUCUCCCAAUAACGAGUGUUCAUUUCAAGCCACCUGUCUGCAACACACAAUGUUUGUGUGGCUGUUUGAUCUAUAUGUGAUUAUAUGCAUAGUGCAUAUCAUCGUAUAGCAAAUAUGCACAAACAUAUUUAUUUAUUUAUUUGACUUUUUUUGAAGUGCUAAGUUUUAAUUUUUCAUAGAAGGUAUUUCUGAGAUUGCAGAGCUUUUAGCAAAGGAGCCCAUUGUCAUCUACUCUUGCAAGAAAGGGAGAGGGCAAGCUCCCCACUGCUGUGCUGUGUGAUGCGUUUGCUGUGAGAACUGUUUGAUGACCAUUUCAUGUGUCUCGUUGCAAGAAAAUAACCACACCGCCUGUCUGUAAUCGUGACCUCUUCCCCUAUUAUCCCUCGCAUCAUUUACCUUUUUCUAAAAACCCACUGAGAUGAGAGAAAA